AAGUACUAUACCGUGGGUACCUACCCCAACCCUCUUAAUUUUUUAAAAUUAUAUUUACAAUAUUGUUGGAUGGGGCCAUGCUCAUGUGAGUUGAAAAUUUUCCAAGUAUUUUGCUGAGCAAGUGUGGUAUAAAUAUUAGGCAAGUCUGGUGAAGGGUCAUUAAAGUUAAACCUCCUUAUAUACAGACACUCUCUAUUGUACUAAUACAAUUAUCAGAAAGUAAACAGUUUAGAGAAAAUGGCAGCAGCUUUCAAGAAAUGCCCUUGGACUCCUGAAGAAGACAUGCAGCUAGUGACCUAUAUCAGAAGAUAUGGCAUUUGGAAUUGGAGCCAGAUGCCUAAACAUGCUGGCCUGUCAAGAAGUGGGAAGAGUUGCAGAUUGAGGUGGAUGAACUAUUUGAAUCCGGAAGUUAGACGUGGCAACUACACUCAAGAGGAAGAUGAAAUCAUAAUCAGCCUGCGCCAUAUUGGAGUCGGUUGGUCUGCAAUUGCAGCAAGGCUUCCUGGACGAACUGAUAACGAAAUCAAAAAUCGCUGGCACUCCCACCUCAAGAAACGAAUAGCUAACAAUGUGGUGGAAGUCACUGAACCAAAAAUAGAGCAAAUAGAUUCCACAACAGAUACACUAAUGACAUGUGAAUAUCCAAAUGAUUUUGUUGCUCCCGAACUUCCUAAAUUAGAAGAGAUCUAUGAAGAUGAUCCUAUCCCAUCCUACGCGUCAAACAAUAUUGGAGCUUCCUCAAUCUCAAACAACAAUAUUGCUCCUCCGGCUUAUGUAAGCAGUGCUGAUCCUCACAUAAGUUUCUGGAGAGAGCCAUAUUCGUUAGAAGAUGUGUAUGGUAUUGAUCAAUGUGCAACAUAUGUUGAUCCUGAAUUCGGAAUGCCACGGGCUGAAGAUUGGUUUGGAGAGCCUUUUUAUCCAUAUUAUGAAGUGCUAUACUGAAGUUUUUGCUCAGAGACAGUGAGAAAUUGCGCAGAUUGAAUUGAGAUAUGACUCUUGCUCAUACUUUUGUGUGUGAUCUAAUUUUCGGUUUGUCUGUGUGUUUGUGUAUAUAUGUCAUAGCUUUAAUUUAUUUGGAGGAAUAUACUGGUAAUUAAUCUAUGUGAAAGCAUACAAUGCUAUGCGCAAAAUAAUUAAAUUAGUGAAACAGCUUGAUAUACAAUGUGCAAUUUGUUUUGAAAAGGUUUAAUAUGUAGUUCGUUGUCA